ACGUCGUCGUCGUUGUUGUUGUUGUUAUUGUUGUUGUUGUUGUUGUUGUUAUGUUGUUGUUGUUGUUGUUGCUGCUGCUACUGCUGCUGUUGUUAGUUGGGGUGUUGGUAAUGGUUGAACGAGAAUAGUGAGAGGGGGUGGAGUGCGGUGAGUAUUCACCAAUUGAACACACGAGUGAUGAUUAUUUUUUUCGAAACGAUACUUCGAGAGAAGAAAAAAAAAAAAAAACAAUAUUUUAGAGAAGAUGACAACACCGGUAAAUAACUUCUUUCUUUUUCUUAUCUUCCCUUCUCUUGUUAUGUCGUACUUCACACUGUUCGCGAAAAUCGAACGACUAUGAUUUCGCCGACUUUCGUCCUCGUCUUCCCGCGUGAUUUCUCGUCGAACGUUUCUGCCGAGUUCGUUACGUCUUUCUUUUUCUCUCCUUCUAUCUAUCUUUAUCUCCUUUCGUAUUCGAAUCUCCCCCUCUACUUUCCCACAACACUGUUCAUUUUCACGAGCACUGCCCGCGUGCCUUGUAUAAGGAAACUACUCGAAAGAAUCGAGACGAGAUAUACACACCCUCUCUUUCUUUCUUUCUUUCUUUCUUACUUACUUACUUACUCACUCACUCACUCACUCACUCACUCACUCACUCUAUCUCUCUCUCUUUCUUUUUCUCCCUCUCCUCCUUGAAUAGUGGGUGCUUUGAACGUCGUGGUCGUUAAACUCGGCAAUUUCUCUCUCUCUCCCCCUCUUUUUUUCUUUUUCUUUCUCUAUGUCUCUCUCUCUCUCUCUCUCUCUCUGUCUUAUUAUCUUUUCUGCUUGCGAUCCCAGUGAUGGAGAAAUAUAAUCAAAAGAAAAAAAGGGGAAAAAGAUACACGACGUACAAGCAACAAACGCACGCGCGCGCGCGCGCGCGCCACACGCACACACACACACACUUUGCGAGAAGAGCGAUAUUUUCUCUUUCUCUCUCUCUCUCUCUCUCUCUCUCUUUAUACAGUAUGUACGUGUAUAUAUAUAUUCGAGAAGAAUAUUUCUAAGAGAGCUGAGAGAAAUAUUACGAGGAGAAUUGUUGUGUAUCGAGAAAAAGAAGAGGAAAAAAAAAGAAAUAAAAAACACGUGAGAGAGAGAGAUAUAUAUAUAUUAAGAAGAAUCGUUAAUUCUCUCUCUCUUCUUCUUCUUCUUCUUCUUCUUAUUCUUCUUCCGGAGACUUUCGUUGGGCUGUUUUCCAGGUUGCUUUUUUUUUCUCUCGUUCCUUUCUCGUUCCUUUUCUCGUCUACGAUAAAACAAACACGUUUCGAGGGCGCAGCGUAUGCGGACGGGAGCGAAGAGUUCGCUCCUUCUCACUGCACUACACUACUCGAAGUGACGUCACCGUGGCGGGAGCGUAGCGCGGCUCGCUGGCUAGCGCCCGCUCCCGUUCCUGCUAACGCUGUCGGCUCUUGCGGCCGGUGGUGGGGGGAAAAAGCAGCGCCGUCGCCGUCGCUCUCUACCGUCGUUGCGCUGUCUGGUGGGGGAAACGGAAAACACGGCUACUACGUUGCCGUCAAGAUGGAGGGGAGAAGGAGCGCGCAAGAGAGAGAGAGAGAGAGAGAGAGAAUAGGACGUUCGUGUCGGCUACUAAGCGGUGACGUGCCGUGAGCGCGCGCGCGCGCAAGCGCUAUGUACCCAAUAGAGUUGGUGGGGGUACAAUGUUUCCGCGCCGUUGCCGGCGGAAAAGCUUCCUCGAGUGGGGGAAUACGUAGAGAGAGAGAGAGAGAGAGAGAGAGAGAGAGAGAGAGAAUUAUAUUCGUGUGGAAUCGAAGCAAGGACAGGUAGGGAGAUCUCGAGCCACCGGGAGAGGAGGGAUAACGGGUCGAACGAGCUAACCCGAACCCCUGAGCCGAGUGCGCCGUGUCUCCCUUCUCUUUCAAACGAUCAUCACUCUCUCUCUCUCUCUCUCUCUCUCUCUCUCUCUCUCUCUGUCUCUCUCUUUCUCUCUCUUUCUCUUAUUCCCUCUUUCUAUCUUUACACCCCUUUGCCUCGCACCGCCCUUUGAGAACACAUCAUUCCCUGUCCUUCUCCCUCUCACAAGGCCCCUCGUAGUGUCCGCUCCUGCACCGACGCACCGUCAUCGUCGUGGUGUCGUCGUCGACGACACAACGCAAGCCCGCCAUCUUUCUUACUAUCUCUCUCUCUCUCUCUCUCUCUCUCUUUCUCUUUUUCCCCUAUCUACUUAUCUCUCUCUCUCUCUCUCUCUUUCACUUCUUCAGGGCCGUUUUAGGUGCAGCCAAUUACCCGGGACAUCUGUACUUUCUACCGAGGGAGAAUAAAGACGGGACUAUUGGAUUAUGUAUUAGGGAAAUAAAAAAAAAAAAAGAAAAAUAAAGAAAUAAAAAAGUACUUAACCAUACUGACGCGUAUUCGGGUACUAACGAUUGAAAGUUUAGUCUUUGUUAGAAGUACGGAAUCCCUUUAAGCUAAACAAUUUUCGUAGAUGAACGUAAGAAAAAAAGGAAAGAAAAAAAAAAAUAAAAAACCCUAUCGAUACUUUAUUUCUAUUCGACAAGAAAAAUCAAUGAAUUCGAUAAUAAUAGUAAUAAUGAUAAUAAUAAUAAUAAUAGUUCGAUGACAAAUGCAUUCUCACUUUUCCUUCUCUCAUGGAAUUAGUUAAAUUUCUAUCAAAUCAUCAAAUAUUUACUCACGUCGGCGUUACUUUUCAUUACAAAUUUCUAAGAGUUAAUUUGCGUUUGUUAAUCGAUGAGUCAUUAAAACGCAAACGUAAGAAAUCGCAUGAUUUUAGACUGGGAAUAUUUGAAUAAAUGCGAACGAAAGAAAAUGCAUGAUAAACGAAAUGAUCAAGGUAACUGGUUUGCCUAUAUACGGCCCUGCCGCUCGUAUGCUCCAUCUUGUUUUCACUAAACUCGUGUCGACCAACGACCGUUGUUGAGUCCAUGGCAUCGACUAUGGCGGUGCCGCCGCGCCUUUGUGGUUGCUUCUGUAUAUGUAUGAUAUAUGAAUGUGUAUAUGCAUCAUGCACGCAUAUAUAUAUAUGUAUAUAUAUAUGAUAUGUAUGUAUGUAUAUAUAUAUGUAGGUACGAUCCGCCAUAAGGUUCGUUCGCUUUGCCUCGUUCGUACGACGAAACAAACUGUUUGACGUUCCCUUGACGAUGACGUUCCAAUGUCCGAUUGGUUCGACGGUUAAAAGGUGUUGGAAAUGAAAUGACGACUGUACAGUAUUUUUGUUAAACAAACUUGACGAAUGAUAUAUGUAUAUCGUGUUUUCGCAUCGACCAACGUCCUCGAGGGACACAAAAGAGAAAGAGAAAGAGAACACCCGACGACGACGAGUAGUGUAGUAGUGUAGUUGUAGUUGUAGUAGUAGCAGUAGUAAUAGUAGUGUAGUAGCAGUAGUAGAAUAGUAGUAGUAGUAGUAGUAGUAUAGUAAUAGUAAAGUGAUGUAGUAGUAGUAGUAGUACUAGUUGUGUAGAAGUAACACAGAGUGGUGAGGGUUGAGAAAAAUCUUCGUAGCAUUGUUUCUAAUACCAACAACGAGUUAUUUUAUCGAGUGCUCCUAACCGGAAACGACUUUCGAACGAAUUCCAACUGAAAUCGGUUGAGGCGGCCGACGCGAGGAUAACGAAAAUCCAUACGAAAAUUUUUCCUUAUACGGAAGAGUUAUUACGAAUUUUCUAAAUACACUCUCUCUCUCUCUCUCUCUCUCUCUAUAUAUAUAUAUAUAUAUAUAUAUCUGUCUAGAAUUCUUUUAUUUUUCUUUUAUAAUAAUUUAUAUAAGUGUAGAGUAAGUAAAAGACUAUUCUACUCCUAAGAUUUUCAGACUUCGAGUUCCAACACGAUUAUUGCUUUCUAAGCGAUCGUGUAAGUUACAGAUCGAUAGCAUGAGUCAUGUGUCUCUCGUCGUCAACAACGACAUGUCCUUUUUUCUUUCUUUUUUUUUUUAUUCUCCUUGUUUACAGUUCAAGAGUAUCGAUCGCGCUCGAUUCUCUUUCGCGUGUCGUUGCAAGAAAACGUUGUCGUCAACGUCGUCAACGUCGACGACCGUCGAAAACCAUCGACGUCGGCGUUGUGGUCGUUUCGUCGAGCUACCCGAGACAGGAGGCCGGUAAAACGAGUAUAUGUAUUAGGUUCUAUGCUUCAAGCUAAUCUGUUUGCUUGCCUGCUUGCCCUUUUCGCCUUCUAUUCCGAAGGAGAAAGAGAAAGAGAAAGAUAGAUAGAUAGAUAGAUAGAAAGAGAGAGAGAGAGAGAGAGAGAGAGACGCUUUCAUUACGAACAAAUAGACGAAGAAUUCGAUUCGUUCUAUGACCUUAUAACGUUCCUAUUAAAUCGAUUUAGAAUUUCAAUUCUCUCUGUUUGUCUCUCUCUUUCUCUCUCUCUCUCUCUCUCUCUCUCUCUCUCUACAAACUUCGAAGGAAAAGCCGUUGAAGGUCGUUCGAAAACUAAUAGGUUAUAAUCCGCCAUUUUGAAUGGCCUCUUAGACGUAGUUCCUCGUUCACAAGGUUUUCCCAUUAUCGGAGAACGAUAGAAGAGUUCAUUGUUCUCGUCAAAGAGACACAACUCUUCUUCUUCUUCUUCUGCUUCACAGGAGCUUGCCACGUUUUUCUUCGGGUCUCUAACGGUACGUACGGGCGCGUGAAUUAUUUCUUUGCCUCUUCGACGAGGCGCGAGAAGAGAGAGAGCGAGAGAGAGAGAAAGAGAGAGAGAGAAAACUCCAAUAAAGGAGAAUGCGUCAUCCUCUUCCGACGUUCUUUUAGCCAAUGGAAACACGAACUUGUAUGUCUCGAGACUUCGGCGAUUUUAUUAUACGCCGAGUAUUGUUUUUUGGCUUUUUUUCCUUCAAUCUUAUAUCCGUCAUUUUUAAUCAUUUCGAUGGUCAUACGAAUAAAAAGUGUGAUAAAAUAUACACGGUUUUCCACUUACGAUGAUCGAAUUCGUGUGUUAUGUGAACGGUGUGAACAUAAAAAUUAUGGGAACUUCUUUCCUUUUAAUGGGAUUUAGGUUAUGACGGAGACCAACGCGUAUAUGUGUAAAUCGAAUGACGAUAUUAAAAAUUUGUUUUGGAAUAGAACAAAUGAACGAACGAACGAACGAACGAACGAACGAACGAAACGUUUCGUUCUUUUUACGAAAUUAUUACGUUUAUCGCAAUAUUGCAACUGUUAUCGUAUGUCUGGAUAUUGGAUGACCAGCAAGAUUGUAGAAAAUGGCGACAUCACUUCGAUAUGCGUACACCUCGAGCCAUCUUGCGGCGAUUAGGAUCAUGAAUUUUCCUCUUUACCGACAUUAAGAAAAAGAAGUAAUUAAAACAUGAUUGCAAAAGAAAAGCAAUUAGGAAGUGUCGAAAAAGAUGUAUCAAAGGAAUUAUCAUUAUCAUCGUCGGAUCCAAAUAUACGAAAAUUGGCUAGGAGACAACGAAUUCAACGUCGCUUGAGCGUUCUGCAUAAGGUAAAAGGAGCUAAAGACGUAGAAAUCAUUAAAAGAACUCCCAUCGAAAGACAGAUUCUUGCCAGUACUGAAUUUCUGGAAGAGAUCAAGUUAGAAGGCGAAGAAGUGAUAUCCAAUGUAAAAGUUGCAAACGAUGCUCGAGAGUUAGAACGACGUAAGGAAGUACAAGAGACAAGAGAAGCCUUGCUAGAGAAACUAGAGAGAGAUAAUGAAGAAUGUAUGCUAAAGUAUAAGGAGAUCGAUAAAAAAUGGUCCGACAUAUUUGCAUCAAAAGAUCCAUUGGACAUAGAAGAAAAGAUGAUGCGACAAAAUGCCAAGUGUCUUGAAUUAUUAGAGAAGAAGGAUCAAAUUAUUAUGGGAUUGAAGGCUGAGCUAGAGAAUGCCGAUCUCAGAUUCGUCGAUGAUCUUAAGAAACAAAACGAAGAUAUUGAUAUAUUGAUCGAUAGAAUAGAUCGUCAGUUAAAUGUAAUCGCCGAAGCUUAUCAUAAAGAAUUGGAUAAUAUCAACAACGUGUUGGAUGCCGAACGUAAAUUGCUCUUGGAUACACUCGAGAAAAAAUGGAAAGAUUUCUAUGAGAAGUUACAGGAUAAUGGUCACGAAGGCAUUGAAAAAAGGAAAGAUAUAAUUCGUGAAUACGAGGAGGAAAUGGAAAGAGUCAUGACCGAGCACCACGAGGAAUAUCGUUCUCAAAAAAUAACUUUGGCAUUGGAGAAUCAGGAUCUUCAACAGAAGUUACAGGAUAUGAAAGCUUUGUGCAUGUUAAAUGUCGAAAAAUUGAAUUAUAGUUAUGCCGUUCUUAAGCACAAAGACGAAGAGAAUACUAUAAUUAAAAAUGAACAAAAAAGACGAAUUAAUAAGCUUCAAGACACUAUGAACGAAUUAAGAAAGGCUUACGUCAAAUUAGAAGAAGAUAGUCGAUCAGAAAUUCAAGGAUUGACCGAUCAAGUUCUCAAGGCACAUAAGAAUAUUUUAGAACUCGAAGAAAAGUCACAGUAUUUUACCGAUAUUAAUGAGAAGAAAUACUUUCAAGUAUGGGAUAUGAAUGUAAAACGUGUCAACGAGCUGGUCGAUAAAAUUAUGGCUACUGAUCGAAUUAUACAUGAACGAGCAUUAGGAUUACAAUGGCAACCUCCCGAGGUAAAACUUUUGACCAAGGAAGAUUUACCUUCUUACUGUACUGCGAUUAAUAUUACAAAUAAAGAAAAGACUGAUGCUCAAGAAAAAAGACAAAUGCCAAUUACUUACAAAAAGGCUGUUACUUUAGAAGACAUCAAUUUGGAACGACGUUUAUUAAAUCAUAUAAUGGAACAUAUAUCCGAGAAAUCCAAUUAUCUGAUUGAAGAUAACAUACAAAAAUUACUUUUACCGUAUACAACCGAGAACAAUGUAAUCAUUAGAUUGGACAAUGUUUUUCAGGCAUUAAACAUAAUAUCCGAAGAGGAAAUACAUUUCUUAUUAAAUUUCUUCCUCCCAUAUACGUAUUGUCCCGAUUGUAUGUCCUUGGAUAAAACGAUGGAAUCCUCGUCAACGUCUACUAGCACGAUUAAUACACCUCUCGUCUGUGGCGGCAAGGAAUUAGACGAAGAAACAGCUAAAUUAGUCGAAACUAUAAAGGCAGAGGUUUUCUUUCAAGACGCAUGUUCAAGCGUUUGUACACUCAUUGAUACGACGGACUAUUCGGAAAAGCGUCUUCCUUCGGCAGAAACUACGACGUCCAUUUCAUCAGAUGAAUUAGAUGUAUCAUCCACAUCUUGUGACGAAAAGAAAGAUUCAUCGCAAACAAAGGAAGGAGCAAAUCAAUUGCUCUGCAAAAAGGGUCAUUUGUUAAAGAUUGAUGCAUCAUAUGUUACAAAAGCAUUGAAGGAAUUCAUAGAGAAAUAUAAUUUUAUUAAACGCGACGAAACGCCAAAGUCUUUGAAGGAGAGAUUAUCAAUGAAAAAAGUAACAAUUUCACGAAGUUUAACCGUAGAGGAUAUAAAAGAAUUUUGGAAAAGAUACAGGGAUUUAUUUCCUCCCGCUAAAGAAUCCCUUUGGGAUGGCUUGCUCGUUGGACUUAAGCGAUAUUAUGAAACAUUGAAAGAAAGACAAAGAUUGAGCAAUGAAACGGCAUUUUUGAAGAAACAAAAUGCUGAAUUACGACGUUUACUAAAGACAUAUAAUACCGUUGAGAUUAGAAGCAGCCCGAUAACCGAUACAGAAAUAUCUUCCUCUGCUAAAACAUAAUGGAAUUUAAGAUGCCAACAAAUUCAUCCAUCCAUUCAUCCAUCCAUUCAUCCAUUCGUCCGUCCAUCCAUCCGUCCAUCCAUGCGUUUUCUUUUUUCCCGAAUUUUUACGAGGUCGACUUGUCAACACUCAACCUCUAUUAGUCGCCUUUUACGACAAGCAGAGGAUACUGUGGGUAUAUUCUAUCCCCGGGCCCACAGGGGAAGGUGAAAGGUUUCUUUUUAAAAUGCUAAUCGUUGAUAUGAAUAAUCGAUAAAUGGAAAAACGCAAAGAUUGGUAAUUAAGUUUACUUAUAAUGGCCGUUGUAAAUAAAAUCAAACGUAAUAUAAAAGGAGACAGAAUCUUUAUUAGAUUCUGUACAUACGUCGUGUACCACCAUGUUACAUUCGCUCUAACUGUGCUUUUUCUUACUUAAACAUUACUUUUAUAUACACAUCAUGGUAGUACAUUUAAAGAACAAUCGCUAAUACCCAACAAACACAUAUUAUUGUUUUAUUACUAAGACGCCGAUCUUAUAAAUAAUGAAAAUUGGAAGAUUUUGUUACCUUAAUUUAUAUUUCUUACAUAUAUAUGCUUUUGUUUAAAAAUAUAUACAUAUAUAUAU